AAAAGUUCAACAAAAAAAAAAGUGUUAAAACGUUCAACAAAAAAAAAGUGUUAAAAAGGUAAAUAGUGUAGUGAAAUGGAGUAGGUGAUGUUGCCACGAUGCUCGCCAUGUCGACGCUGAUGAUGCCCGCGGCCACGAUGACCACCAUGACCAACGCGGGGCCCAUCCCCGUGGCGCAGGCCAAGCUGGAGCCCAAACUGCUGCAGCUGCCGCACCCCGUGAUGCUGCACCAACACCAGCACCAGCACCCCCACACCAAACUCGAACACUACCACAUUUUCGUGGGUGACCUGAGCCCCGAGAUCGAAACUCAGAGCCUCCGGGAUGCCUUCGCACCCUUCGGGGAGAUCUCGGACUGUCGAGUUGUCCGGGAUCCUCAGACCCUUAAAUCCAAGGGCUAUGGCUUCGUGUCAUUCCUUAAAAAAUCGGAAGCAGAAUCAGCGAUUACGGCCAUGAAUGGGCAGUGGCUGGGGUCCCGGUCUAUCCGGACCAACUGGGCCACACGCAAACCUCCCGCGCCUAAGAACGAACUAAAUUCAAAACCUCUGACCUUCGACGAAGUCUACAACCAGAGCUCGCCCACCAACUGCACCGUGUACUGCGGAGGCCUGGCCGCCGGCCUCACCGAGGAGCUGCUCCAGAAGACCUUCCAGCCCUUCGGCUCCAUUCAGGAGAUCAGGGUGUUCAAGGACAAGGGAUAUGCCUUCAUCAGAUUCUCAACGAAGGAGAGCGCGACGCACGCGAUCGUGGCGGUCCACAACACCGACGUGAACGGCCAGCCUGUGAAAUGCUCCUGGGGAAAAGAGUCCGGGGAUCCGAACAACGCUCAGACACCAGGACAGCUCGGUGGCACCGCGUACAGCCCCUUCAGCGCGGCGUACACGGGCGGCGUCCCCCCCGCCUCCUACUGGUACAACACGUACCCACAGCAGCUGGGGGGCUUCCUGCAGGGCGUGCAAGGCGUGCAAGGCGUGCAGGGCUACUCCUACGGACAGUUCGGCUACCAGCAGCAGUAUAUGGGAAUGGGCGGCGUGCAGCUGCCGUGGGCGCUCGGCGGCGGCGUGGGCGGCGUCGGCGGAGUGGGCGGCGUCGGCGGCGUCGGCGGAGUCGGCGGCGUCGCCGCCAUGUCGCAGCCGCCGCAGGUGCUGCACUACCCCGUGCAGCACUUUCAGGUGCAGCCGAUUAGUGAGGAUGAGUGGCUCGCACCGAGCCUGCUGGUGUGAGGGCGUGGGUGCUGCUGCCACGCCGACUGCGUCUAAACCCCCCCUCCCCCCACUUCGAUCCCCUCUUCUGUUAGGGCCGUAGCCAAGACAAUCGUAUAUCGAUGAAUGCCUUUCGAAUAGUAAAAUAUCGGACCGAAAAGACAUAUUACUAUUCAUUUAUUGCAUCGUUGAUGUGAUGAUGAUGAUGAUAUAAUAUGAUAUGAUGCGAUAACUCGCAAGCGUCCAGAAGGCGUAUCAUGGAUGGUUUUAUUCAAGUGAUAAAAUAACCAUCCCUGUUUAACACCGUUAGGUUGAACGUGUCUGAUAUUCACAUUUCACGUUGUCGCAUAGACAAGAGCCAUCAUAACAUUUCGUCUUUUUUGAAACGUCAUUUCGAUUGGCAUUUUCUAUGAACGAUUGUUAUUUGGCUAGGUCAGUUCUGUUCUAAAAGUAUAUCUAGUACUAAGGAUGUUUCGGUGGGUGAGCUCUUUUUUUUGGCUUAAAGCCGUUUAGUGUAACCCGGACGGGUCGAAAAGGCAAUGUGAGUCACUUAUCGAAUAUUUGGUUUCUAUAUGCUUAUGAUUAUAUCUACAGAAUGCAUAAGAAAUAAUUUUAAAGAUAUAUUAUAGAUAUUCAUAUUAUAAGGUAGGUUAAGGCGAACCACGCGGGCCCAAUAUGGUUGCGGAUGGUAAUUCGAUUUACGAAUGCGUAAAAACUUAAAAAGCACAAGUAUAGAGUAAGUUAGAGGAAAAAUGUAGAUUUUUGGAAAAAUGUUUAGUAGGAAUGUAGAUGACUAGGCAGCCGAGUGAGAGGUUUUAUAAAACAUUUUAUAUUCCGUUGGGCUGCGGCGUGCGGCAUGCGUUUUACACGCUGGUGCGGCAAAACGCGGCGUUUGUUUACCCGGUGUGAUAUUUGAGCGUAUAAAAUCCCUUAGGGAAUUCUGAAUUGGCAUGUUUUAUGACAUUAACCGUCGCGAUUUUUCUACAUCAUAGUGAUACUAACGCCAUCUAGCAACAAAGAUAAAAGUAACUUUGAAUUAUUGUAGACGACAAGUUGUAAAAAUGAUCACAUGACCUAUUAUUUCAUCAUAUAGGCAAAUAGAAACGUUUUUAUACAGCUGUUCGCAGGUGUCAAUCUUUAAAACCGUGGUAAGUUAUAGCGCACUAGCGUGGCAUGCAACAUUGUGGUAUGCAAAAUUGUAGUGUGCAACAUUGUGGCAUGCGGCAUGCGGCACGCCUACUCCUGCUAGUCCGGAUCUUGCCAAACAAACACGGCCGCGACUUACUUACUUAAACAUGGUUGUGUCUAUACUUAACGGAUACACUUAAAAGUUCGAGGGAAUACCGAAAAAACUAAGUGAAAUAUUAGAUUUAUUUAUUGAAUAGGUGGUUAAGAAAGAAAAAAUAUUUAUUGUUUAGAUUUAAGGGCAUGUAAUCGUCGUAGGUAAUGUUCGUUCGUUUCGGCCGCAAGCCGCACUGGCGCUUGUCGCUUGUCAUUUAUCGCGUCGCUGACACAUGCGUCUGUCGCAUGCGACAAUCGCAAGCGCCCAGUACAGCUAGCGGUACAUCGUCUUUUUUGAAACUUUUUGGAGGUACUGUGUCUAUCCACAAUACCUAAGAAUUCGAUAUUAAUAUUUUGUAAAUGGUGUAUUUUAUAUAUUAUAUUGAGAAAGUUAUCGUUUUAUUGAUUGUAUAGUUAAUUUGUUUUCAUCUAUUAGCUUUCUGUUGGGCAUUAGUCAAACUUGAGAGACAUAUCGCUAGUAAAAUAUUUAUAUAUUAUUAUAUAUAGUUCAUUUAAGAUAAGGGUCGAAUCGUUGAGUCAAUUGUGUCAUCCAGUCAAUCGAAAGGAAACCGAGCGAAGCGAGGGCUUUUACGCGCGCCGGUUAGAGGUACGACCUCAAGCACAUUACAUAAUACUAUAGCAUAUACUUUACUGCAACAUUAUUUUUACUAUACAAAUAUACCGCGUCAAGAAAAAAUCAACUUUAUAUACAUGCAUUGAGAGUUGAAAUCGUUUCGCUAAGCGCGAUUUGACCCCAAAUGAUAACUCGUAAACGCAAAUCGCGAGUAAAGUUGCCAUAGUAUUAAGUUCGUGCAAGGCUACGAUAUUAAAGUAAAAAACCAAUAGAUAGAAAAUUUAGAUAUAGUCAACAUAUAUAAUGAGAUUAGGUAAACAUUAAGGCUAUUAUUCGCUUGACAUAGUGUAGUGCAUGUACCCACUAGAAUAAGAUUCAGCAUUUCCGACUGCCGCGGGGGAAUUAAAAAAACAUUAUAAAUAACUUUUUUUUAAGUGUGAAAUUUUAAUAGAAAUGUUCUAUGUCAGUUUUAAAGUACAGAGUACGUGUAUGAAAAGUAAAAUUGUUUGAUUUUUGAAAAAAAAAAUGAUGUUUUUGAAUUCCCCGAAAAAUCGCAGAUCGUUGCCUUUUCUUGUUGCUAUAUACUUCCUUCACUAUACAUAUAUAUAUACGCUAAUGCUAAAACUAAGAUAUGCUAAGAUAUAAUAAGCUAUAAUCACUAUGAACCAUUAUAAAAUGGUAGAUAUGUUAGCUAGGUGAAAUUACAUAUAUUUAAAGUAUAUUAUAUACAAUGUGCAAAACUUAAAAUAUUAUAUCUUUUAGAUAGGCUAUUCAAAUUUUGUGUAAUUCGGUUUUUGUGUGUUUUUUUUUUAUCCAUUCCAUAAUUAAGGUAUUGUUUAGGAUCCCACGAAAACACCAAAUAUUAUAUAACCAUAACAUAUAUAUAAUUAAAGUAGAUCGGCAUAUGAUAGGUGUUAGAGUAAUCCUAAUCUUUCGGUUCUUCACUAUGAGAUGCCUUAUAUCUUCACCGUCUGCGCAGUGUGGGGGCGUCCGCUCAUGCAUACAUACAUACAAUAAAUAUCAAAAUCCUUACAUUUAAAACCAUACGAAAUUAUAUGUACCUAUUCUAUUUAUGAACGUUUUAAAUAUUUAUGAAAUAAAUCUCACACUUCAAGUACAAACACAUGUUUUCCUUCGAAAAAGUAAUACAAUUAAAAAAAUAAUUUUAAAUAAAUUACGUUAUGUAACGUGAAAGAUUGUUAUGCAAAGAAAUAUUGUAAAACAAGAUAAAAAGUAUUCCUUAUCCUUAUAAUAAUGCAAAUAUAUAACGCUGCUAUGACUUAUGUAGUUAAAUUAUUACAUAAAGCCACAUAAACUCUCAAGGUAUAAUCGAAAUUCACUUAAAUUCACUUCGAGUUAAAAAAUAAAACAUUAUUAACUAUCACAAAGACAAAAUAACAAGCGUUAUAAAAAUAUAUGCAUAAAAAUAUAUAAUAAAAUAAAUAAGCACCAACGUGCAUUAUAGUACAAGAGACGGCGGCGCCAUCGUAACCAGCGUUCAUACAACGUUUAAUAAACUUUUAACAAAAAAAUAAAUUUUAGACUUAAAAUUAUCACAAAAUUCAACCUUGUGCAGUAUAAACCAGGAGACAGCGUUUUUUUAUUUCGUAAUCAGCGUCAUAAAACAUCAGCAACAUUAGAUUUUAAAAUUAAACGUAACAAAAUUGAACGUUCACACAAAGAAAAAGUGCGUUAUAGUCUAAGAGCCAGCGCAAAUUCAACGUUCACACAAAGACAAGAGAUCGUUAUAGUCUAAGAGCCAGCGCCCCCACCCUCGGUGCCAAACUUCGUUUUACUUCGGGCUGAUCCGUCUACAAAAACACCAAUUACACAAUCGGGAACUCCAAGAGUGCCCGUUUAAGACGAUUUUUGGAACAUUUCUGUCAACUUGCAAAAAGGAUGUUUCCUGUUAAACUUAAAUCUUAUUGCGACAUUAAAUAUUGACAAAUCCUCAUAACAACUGACAUACAUUAACGUUGAAUUGAGUCGUUUAACUUCAAACUCGGAUAAAUCCAUGUGUCAGAUUAUGCGAAUUUGGUAUUAAGGAAAGGUAAUAGGGUAGAUAUUUUCUGAGAGGGUCGAAUGGAUUUAUCCGAGUUCGAAGUAAACGAUCGAUGCGACAAUUUAACGAUCUAAAUUUAAAAGCUUAAAAUUUAUAAAAAAAAAUUAAAGAAAAAAUUUUUUUGGUUUAUUAUUCGUGCGAAAACUAAAUAACAAAUAUAUUGGGACAAUAUUACUUACAAACAUUGGCCUAUUUCCACAGUAAGCUAAAUAAAGCUUAUGUUGUGGGUAAAAGACGAUGAUUUAAGUAACAUAUAAAUACAUAAAUCAACACCCAUAACUUGGGAACGAAUAAUGGUGACAUCCAUACAAAUAAAUACAAUAACCGGAAUCCAGCCUGGUGUGGAUCACUACCGAAUAGGCCAGGAGACCGAUCAACUCUAUUUUCUACUAGGUUUAAAAUUCACUGAAAAAUCCUUGGUAUUGUUUUUUAUAUCGCUGAUCCUUAAAAGGCUAGGGAAAUUUGUCAAAAAUGUUCCAAUAGUCGCGAUAGGUAUAGAGGUGUAGUAUUGUCUGUUAGUCCUGGUUUCUAGUCAUGCUAGUCGGUGUUUAGAAUCUUCGUUGUUUUGUACACAAAAAACAUAUUUUUUGAAACGUGUAAGGUGAUUUCACCAGUCUGCGCUAUCCAUUAGCAAUAUUUUAAAUGUAAAAAAACAUAUUCAAAAUAAAAAUCGAUAUCAAGAAUGGACUGAAAGUUUCUUCCAAGAUGGUUGUUCCACUAUGGAAAUGGCGAGAAACACUUAUAGUUUCUAUUUAAUUUUAAUUUAAACAACAAAACAGCUAUGUCGCACACAUAUCUUAUAUGUCAGAUAGUAUUCGGCCAUUUGAAAAUAUGGCCCGUUCGUGUGUCAAGUAAGUAAAAUCUUUUUUUAGUGCGAUUUAACAUAUGACAUUAGGAUAGGUUUUUCUAUUCAGAAUAUCGAGAUUUUAAUUGAUACAUUAUAGUUAAUGUAAAAACAAUAUCACUUGAUUUUUUUAAAUUUCAAAAUGUAAUUAAAAAACACUAUGAGUACCAGCUGUUUUUCGCCGGCUCUCGCACUAUGCUAAGAGAGACGCUUUCCGAGCGACAGCCCUGACUCUAGGGUUGCCAAUAAUAGUGAGAUACAUGUUGUGUGUUUACCACCUAGAGUGUUAAAUAUGUCUGUUUUGCUGUAUUUUAGUUAAAGAAAGGACGCUUAGCGCGAGGAAUUUUGUACAUUGACGCACCUGUUCCUAUCUCUAUCGCACGCAAAUAUUUAUUUUUCCGUCCCGUUCGCACGGUAUCAUCGACUGCUGGCAUCAUGAGACAGCAAUAUAUAACUACGCACGUGCAAUAGAGAUAGAAACAGGUGGACUGGUACGAAACGUUCAUAAGCAUCUUUUCUGUAAGUGAUAGUUAGGUCAUGAUUUUUUAUUGCUUAAAUGACAUGAAAUGUCAAAUGUACAAAGAUCUAGUCGCAAUAUUCUAGUCUGUUUUAUAAUGUUUUUAUUUGGGCUGUGUUAUCUACGCUUCGAAACGUAUUAUUAUUUGCAAUGUAAAAAAAAAACAACUUGUAACUAACAUUUAGCUAAUGAGAUAACUAUUAUCAAAUACCGUAAAGUCGGGUUACUUUGACCCAUAUGGAAGUAAGUUUGGCCCACGUAUGUAGACCCCAAUGUAAUCCGUUUUUUCGGUGCAAUCGAGCCAAUCGUCGCAACUUGGAGCCAUCAAGGUAUUUUCGAACCGAUACAACCUUCAAACCUCCAAUCUUAAAAGCUGACAUCGCACUUGCAACCCCUUUGGUGUUGCAUUGCUUACCAUCAUUCGAUACGUCUGCUCGUUUGCCUCCUAUUACCUUGAAAAUUAGAUUUGUAUUCAAAGCUUUGACCGUUUAUAGAGCUUUUCAAAAACGUACUUGGUCAUCCGGUUCGAAGGACCAUGUAAGAUCUUCACUGAUUAUUUCACCACCUUUACAAUACUUGAGACCAGCGAAUACUUUACAAUGAUCUUUUUUUAUUUCGAAUGUUUCUGAGUUGUUAAGAAUAAACGUAUCGAUGCGAAGUAAAUAGAGUUAGUCCAAAAAAAGUCUACAACGGUUUAGAUAGUAAGCAUGCGCAGUGCAAGUGUUAUUUAUACGUCAUCAUUUCGUAGAAGUUUGACGUCUAAAAUAACACUUGCACUGCGUGUGCUAUAAAAAUCGUUGCAGACUUAUCUUGGUCUGACUCUAAAAGCCCAAUUUUUUUGUGUUACAUGUAUGCAUGUGUAGUAAGAGUAGUAUGUGUCGAUUUCUAUUUUGAAUAUUGCAAUAAACUCAGCAAUAAUGCGCAAUAGAUGUCGUAGUAUUUCGUUUUUUAAACCGCUAGACCAUUUUUACGGGUUGACCUUUCACCAUGCCCAAAUAUGUGUUAUAACACACAGAUUUUUUCAAGUUUACACACACAUUCAAUUUAUGAAAUGGCCCAAAUUCAAUGUGAAUCUAGUUUGGCAAUGUGCAAGUUGUAGAACAACCAGUAUUUAGUGUGCAAGUCUCAAAAUUUCCGCAAUUUCUGGAAACUUUCAUGAGAAAAUUAUCACGCAAGUUUCCACAUAGAAAGUUCUCGUUCAGAUUAGGGAUUGUUUCUCAAUGUUCUUAACUGUUGAGGACUGUUUCACUUAAAUAUUUACGUCACUCUUGGCGUACAUUUCAAGUGUCAUACAAAUCGAAACUAACUGUAGGAAUGCUUGGCAAUAUGUAUACGUGAAGAAAAAAAAAACGACACAUUUUAUGGGAACUUUGCGAUUUGCGAACUCGGGUUACUUUGACCCACAUGAAAACAUUAUAAAGGGUCUAAUAAAAAACAUAAAAACGCCAAAGGUUAGCUAAAAACAACCUUAUUGGCAUAUUUCCAUAAUAAUUAUAGUACAAUAAUAUAACCUGGACCGAGUAAAUCUCAAUGGCCAAAGUUACCUUCCAGGGCCAAAGUAACCCAACUUUACGGUUUUGAAAUUUUUCUUCGGCACAUUGCUAAGCUGUUUCCGUCAGAUGGUCUGAUAAAAAUAUCUUCACUACAACAUCGUAGUCCAAAAAUCAUGGAGAAUACUAACUGAUUUUGUGGUACAGUUGAAAGGUCGGCCAUAUUUAAUUUCUUAUAUGUUGUUUCAAGAUGUCUCUCAUUGAAUCUAUAUGUAUUAAGAUUACUUUAUUGGGGAAUAUAUUUAAAUGCUUAUUUUUUCCAAGUUUUAUAUAUAUCUGUUGAUUUUAUUGAAAGGUGUUCCAAAUUUUAAUAAUAAUUUUCGAAUAUAUCUUUGCCUAAUUUGGGCAAAUGGCCAAACAGAAAAUUUUGAAUAUAUAUUACAAAAAUAAAACAAGAAAUUACUAUCCCUCAAAUGAAGCCAUUGUUUUGCAAAUAACGGAAAAAAUGACCAUUUUUUAUUCCCCCUAUUUCUGCCCCCCCUUUUUUCUACCGUCCAUAAGUGUUGUCAGAGCUAGACUAGGUAGUUCCGUUUGGUUAGGUCGGUAGAUGGGCUAGGCAGACCUUGGUAGUAGGUGUACAGGCUGCGGAUGUAAUAUCACAAGUUACGGAAAGUUUCCUAAAAGUUGUCGGAAAUUUCAGGAUAAUUUCACAGGAAUCAAAGAUUUCAUUUCGUAAAUGGAAAAGUACCACCACUAUACAUAACUAAAUAUGAGAAGUUUCAAAAAUAUACCAAGUGAAUAUUUCGUAAUUUUGAAAAGUUCGGGCACAUCAGUAAUCACAUCGUAAUACACAAAGAGAUAAAUAAAUAGAAUUAAUUAUUUUCUUUUAAGUUAUUUCAGCAAUCGAUUGAAAUAUUUAGUUAUAACGAAACUAAAAGAGAGUGUUUAACUACUAACAGUCAUAAUGACAAAAGAGAAAACAUUAUCUUGUAAUUUUUUUCUAGUGACGCGGUAGAUUUAGCAUUUUAAGAUUUUUUUAAGCCAAGACGGGUUUUUUUGUUUAUAAUAUUUGAGAAUAAUAUCAUAUCACAGAGGCUUCAGUGUUUAUUGAUUGAAGUAUGGUGUAAUAUUACAUUUAGUAUGCUGUGAUAUUACACUCGCAGCUGUCAAACGCAUGUACUGUGAGCUUGAACGAGCUAUCGCCGUCAUAAGUGAAACCAAAUGACCAGAAAGUGUUAGUGAUUUUACCUCCCCCUCUAUUUAUUGAUUAAUCUUGAUCCUACGCGACUUUAUAUAUUUAUAUCAUAGUGAUGUGAUCUAUUUAAGGUUCCCCAAAAAAAAACAUAAAUACGAAAAAAGCGGGGCGUUUUUUUUAUCCCCCCUUUUGAUUAGAUUUUUUUUUAAUGUUGCAUAAAUAGGAAUGUAGUUUUUAAAAUAGAGGAAUAAGUGUACUUUUAGGUCUCUGCUCGUGUUUGAGCGUUUUUGUUGAGCUAUUUAUUAAGUUGUUCUGUUAUCUGGCAGUCACCGCUUUAAAUGACAAGUUGGCCCGAUCUGUCAGUCACUGAAUUGUCAGUUUGAGUUGACAAGUUGGGCUGAUUAUAUAGUGUAAUAAAAAUACAACAAUAUUGUUUUUAAGUCACUGUGACUAUUAAUUAUAUAAUUUAAGUUUGCAAAGUGUUCACUAGAUUCUAUUGUUAUUGUUUUACAAUAACAUGUUCUAACUGGCCCAAAAAUACAUUAUAUUUUUUAUUACUGAAUAUUGUUUAGAAUUUUAACAAAUUUUUGAAUUUAUGUGUCAAAUGUUAACGGAGAAUAUUUACGUUUUGUUUUAGUUAAAUGAUUGAAGUUUUAAUUUUUAAUGACAUUUCGUAAAACACGAAAUUAUAAAAAAAUAUUCCAUAAAAAUAUUUACGUAUUUUUAGGCUAAACUGUAACUAUGUAUUAUUUCAGUGUAUAUCAUAAAAUAUGACAUGGUUACGAUAUUUAUAAAUGGGUGUUCAGAUCUUGGUUAGCUAAAGACAAUUGUAAACUUAUUAUAAAAAUACGUUUAUUAAUUAAAUGUACGCAUCAUGAAAUAACAAUAAAACUAUGUGAACACUACAAAAAUAUGUGAACAUACUAUAAAACCUUAUGUUAUAAAACAUCGAAUUGUUCGAUCUAUCAACGAAUUUCAGUAUGUAUUAUUUGUUUACUAAAAUGGUAUUUAUAUUUAACUUGAUAAAAGAGACACAUUACACUAUGAUUGUACCACUAAGACACUUCUUAGGAUAAAGGAUGACUCUCGGUACUUUGCGUUCGGAUCUCAGACUACACAACAUACACAUGAGUACAGAAUGUGCGCGUUGAGAAAUGUUACGAUAAAGUUGGAAAAGUUCUCUGAAAUUUUCAUAGGAAAUUAAGGAAACUUUCAUUUUGGAAACGGAAAAUUUCGAAAUUUACCGAAAUUUUAUAAUAUUGCAAUUUUGGAAACUUUUCGACGACACAUCAGUACACAUGAGCUAUAAAUUCUUCUCAAAAAAGUUUUAGUCAAAAUAAGGAUUUCUUAAAUUCAAAUAUUCAAGUCAUUUUUUUUUCGGUUCCUUACGUUUUAUUAAAAUAUAUAUUGUAACUAAGUUGUAACUAAUAACUAAGUUUGUAAAUCCUCCAGUUGAUGCGGUGUAGUGAGAAUCAUUCUUUAAGAUAAGUAAGGCCAGGUUUUGGAACACAAGUACUUAAGGAGCCCACUGAGUCAGCCGGACGGUAUCGGCCAGUUGUUUGGAACUGUCGAAAUUUUGUUCUAACUGACAGGCCGAUACCGUCCGGUGGACUGUUAAUCAGUGGGCCCCUUUAUAAGCGGUGAACUGUCAAAAGUUAUUGCAAGAUGAGCGCUUCAUACAAAAUACCCAUGAUUUUACAUGGUUCUUUGGUUAUUUUAACAAUUUCAUUGCCAGUAAGUGCUACGGGUUACGCUCGUAGCGCGUAGCCACGUCUACGCCGUAUGGAGCGCGUAGUCGCUACGAACAGUGUACCCGACAGUCGGGUUCUUGGCGCUGAAUGUGUUAAGGUAUUUCCGAACCGAUACGACCUUCGAUCCUUCAAGAAAAUAGCGUAUUCCCAUAGACUAGGAAUCCUCUAGACCGAGUUUAGAGCAAUUAUUUCAUGCAACCGAUGACGCCAAAAAAAUGCCUGUAAAGUUUAUUUAUUUCUACAAACAGCUCAGUAAUCCCAAAUAUAAUUUCAACAAACAGAUAAUAGAAAUUGCAAGAACUAAUAGAAAUUGCAAAAGUCAAUUUGUUCCUAUUAGUUAACUCUCCUUGUCCCCGGAUUAAGUUUAUUUUUGUAAUUCUAAGUGUGUUUUUGUUGUACUUUUCUCUCAGUGUGCGCGGGACGAGGUGAGCGAAGUCCCGUGCCGUGAUUGGUCCGUUCAAAGACACGGACGUCACACAAAGACAUUUUCUACUCGAACAUGGAGUAAAAUUACCGUAUGCAUGGCAGAGGGGGUAGCACGACUAUGCUCAGUCUGGAGGAUAUUUUGUCUGUGCGUACUCCCAAUGCACUUACAAAUCCUCUGGUAAUAUUAAGCGGGCAUGAACGAUGGCAAUUGCUUGCCAUCAGGCUAUUCGUCUGCUCAUUUGCCUCAAAAUUGUAGGGAGAGCUAAUAUGCGCUGCUAAAAUUUCAAAAAUAUUUGCAUUAAAUAAAUAUUGAUAUAUUUCGUAACUUAGUAAAAUAUUCUACGGUUUUUUAGACUAUAUUACGCAGUCAAAAUAGUUAUACAUGUGCCUAUUCGAAGUAUUUUUAAACUAUUUACCAUACCACACCAAGGGAUGCGUCAAACAGUAAAAAUAAUUCAAACGUGACUAAAUUUUAAUAAACAAAAAUAAAAUAUUGUAAAGAAUAGACAAUUUUUCUGACUUCGCAUUUUUUUAAAGUUUUUUAUCACUUAGUCGAUGUGAUUAUUAUGUAUACAAAUGCAAACAUUUUUCAUAUUUUUGGCCCUUUGGCAUCUAACUUCCCACCUUAACUUAACUUAACCUAACUUUAACGACAUCUUUUUCAUUAUACCUAAAAUGUCACAGGUAUUAGUAUGAAGCCUCGUCUGUCUGUUGUUUCGUUUGUUAAGUUUACAACUGAAAGAUAUAACCUAGGUAUAUAAACUCUGUACCUACCUAUAGUCUAAGAUAUGCUAGUUGUAUGACAUAUAGGAUUAAGAAGAUACUCGUAUGGAGCGAAAUAAAAGGGACAAAAUA